AGGAGCCUCUCCCCGGCGAGCGGCCUCCCGCCCGCCCUCCGGUGCCCAGCGUUGCCUGCAGAGCUGCGGCAGCACCGGCGACUGACUCGGCGGGGGGAGGAGAAGAGGAGGAAAAGAAAUCGGAUUGCCGAAAGGAUUAGGAAGCGGGGUGGGGAGGCGAAGCUCUCUCCUCCCGUCCCUCCCCGCACACACUUGUGAAGCUAUUCAGAGUUAUCCUUCAGCAUCAGUGGCGAGCGAGCCCGGGGGAGCCGCGACCGCGAAAGGCGCUCGGCAAACUGCAAGAGCGAUCAGAGGGAGGGGAGCGGCCCGGGACGCCCGACCCUGCCCCGGCCCCUGUCCUUGCCCGUGGGGCACCGCACUUCCCGGCUCCGGUGUUCUAUAUAUUACUCUCUUUUUUUAAGAUUUCCCUGCUCCUCUCGCUUUUUUGGAGAAGGACAGGAUUUGGAGCAUUGCGGGUGGGCGUGCUGCCGGACCGCGUGCCCUGAACGUGCGGGGAGAGAGGGAGGGAGAGAUGCCUCUGAUUAGAGGGAAAGUCGUGCUCAUCCUGAGCUUCGUCUUCCUGACAACUUUCGCGGCUGUGGUGAGAGGACUACCCGUGAGGAAACAGCGCAGCAGCAGCCCGAAGGAGAGGAGCUCCAAGCUGGCAGAGGGCUGUCUGGCCAAAAAGAGGAUCUCACUUUCCCAGAGCCAUCUCGCCCUGCUGAGGAUCUCCAGUUUGUGUUGUCACCCAGGUCUGCCCUGUGAGGAGCAUCUUGUCGUGCUGCUGCCUCAUCAGGAGGGCCCAGCUGGGGUCUCUGCCUCAUCCGGUCCUCGUUCGGCAGGGGAUGAGGAGCUGCCACCAUCAGGCAAGGCGCGGGGGCUGAGGCGGAGCGGGCAGGCUGGCCCGCGGCGGCACAGGCGUCGGGGGGUGGCUCAGCAGGCUGCCAGGAGCCCAGCAGUGCCCCAGCCCAGCAGUACUGGCCAGGAGGAGAGCCUGCCCUUCAUGCUGGACCUGCAGAGCUUGCCAGGGCUGGCCAAUGUGGACCUGAGUGCCCAGAACCCCAACAUUCAGGUGACCAUUGAAGUGGUGGAUGAUCCUCAGGCCGAGAUGGAGAUGGACUUGUUGAAGGAGACAAGAAAUGACUGGUCUCUGACAUCCUCUGAGUGGUUGUCCCACAAGGACCUGUUCUGGCCCCUCUUCUGGGAAUACACUGACCUUACCGAGGGGGAAGAGGAGGAGGAGGAGGAGGAGGAGGAGGAAGAAGAAGAGGAGGAGGAGGAAGAGGACGACAACCUGGAUGUAGGGGACAAGGAGGAAGAAGAGGAUGAUGAUGAGGAGGAAGAUUACACAGCAGAGUAUGAGGAGGAGGAGGAGUCCAUGCUCAGUGGAGUGGGAGGUAACUGGGACCAGCGAUGGCCUGGGCAGAAGAACUGGAUCUUUAAGGAAAAAUAUAAUUACGACUAUGAAGAUGAGGAGGAGUGGAGCCUGUGGUCCCCUUGCAGCACUACCUGUGGCAGUGGGAACCAGAAGAGGACCCGGUCCUGUGGUUAUGCCUGCACAGCAACGGAGUCGAGGACCUGCGACCUGCCACACUGCCCUGGUGCAGAAGGGGAAAUGGUCUUCCCCACAGAAGAGACACCUUUCAAAAGUGACAACACCACAGAGCUGUUCAACUCAGAGGUGGACAGCUGUGAGAAGUGGCUGAACUGCAAGAGCGACUUCCUCACCAAGUACCUGAGCAAGGUGCUGACGGACCUGCCCAGCUGCCCCUGCUCCUACCCAUUGGAAGCCGUCUACAGUGCCGUCAACCUGCGGGACGAGCAGCAGGGCAAGAGCUUCCGAUGGCGGGAUGCCAGUGGCCCCAAGGAGCGCCUGGACAUUUACAAGCCGACAGCACGGUUCUGCCUGCGCUCCAUGCUCUCCCUGGACAGCACCACCCUGGCUGCCCAGCACUGCUGCUAUGAUGAGCACACCCGCCUCAUCACGCGCGGCAAGGGGGCCGGCGUCCCCAAUCUCAUCAGCACUGAGUUCUCCCCAGAGCUGCACUACAAAGUGGACAUGCUGCCCUGGAUCCUUUGCAAGGGCGACUGGAGCCGGUAUCACGCUGUCCGGCCCCCCAACAAUGGGCAACGGUGUGCGGACAACCCCACCGAGGAGGAGUACCUCUCCCAGCUGCAGGAGGCCAAGGAGUACUAGCCACAGCCACUCUCAAAGGAGCCACAACCACCACUGGCUUACACCCCUGCGCAGCCUGGCGAGCCCUGGCCCUGCUCAUGGGCUCCUCAGUGGUGCCAAGCAGAGCAGGGAGGAUGCACCAUCUGUCUCAGCCCCUCAGAGGGGUGCCUCAGCCCCCCUCGGAUUUCUGAGGGUGCCGGAGGUUAUCGUGGUGCAAUCCCUGCCAUGCCACCCAGGGCAGUCCUGUAAUCCAGGGCUCCUGGGCUGGCACAUGGGGAACAGCAAGGGCUCAGAGGUGUAAAGGGAAGAAGGGGCUGCUCCUGCCCGCUUUUAUUCUAUACGACCUUUCAAUGCAACCUGAAAGCUGAGGGCGGGGUGAAGCAGACACAGCUCCUACUGGCUUCAUGCCUUGUCUGAGGAGCUGGUGAGGCACGGCUGCCUGCUCUUGCCUGUGCACCUGCCCUGGCACACACUGGUUUAUGUCUGAAACUGGGGGUAGGUCCUUUAGAGAGCACAUGGCUGUGCCAGCCAUGUGUACAGAGCAGGGUUUGCAUGCUCCUCUGGUUUGUGCAUGCACAGUUGGGAAGGAGCAGGGAAAAGCUUAGCAGGGUCCAUAGGCCCAGGGUGGGUGUGGGGCAGGAGGAGACUGGCUGCCUGGGCUCUCUUGGCAGGAUUGCCUUGCCGCCGGGGUUUGGGUUGCCAAAGCUAGACAUGGGUGGGCUUCAGCGGAGGUCACCACAGGGGACACAUCACCUGUGUGCAUUUCAGCCCCUCUGCCUUGGUGCUUGGGGGAGCAGGGUGGUAGCACCCGUGCAAGUCCCAGCACUAGCCCACUGCCAGGCCUUGGUGCCCUGGCAGCCCCCAGAGGGUCUCAGUGCUCAGGAGCCCCCAUAACACAGCCUAGAAGGAAGUCCUGUAUUUCUCACUCACAGGCCUGCUAGAGGCAGGAGGCACCUUGGCCACUGCACAUGCCAUUGCUGGCGAGGAGCAAAAAGCACCAAGCCAAGCUCUCCAUGGGGAUAGGAACAAGUCAGCUGCCAUUAGGAGCAUCCAGCAUUGCCCUCUCUGGUCUGCUGCUGGACACGGGCCCUGCUCCAUGCUGUCUUUUCCCAGGUGCCCAGCAGGAUACAGCCCAGGGAAAGCGAGGCGUGGACACACCCUGCACCUCUCAGGCUCACUGCCGGGCCAGGCGAGCAAGUGUGGCUCCAAAGAAGGAACAUGCACAUGCUAAUAAUGUCAAUACCUAGUGUCCACAGAUCAUGGAUCAUGAUGCUCUCUGGUGCACUUUGGUCUUGCCUGGGUUUCAUUCAGCUUUUCACAGGUCCGUGGCAGUGUGUUCCAGCAUAUUUUGUGAGCUUUUCUGCAAAGAAACUGGACUGAGCACCUUUAUCCCUGGACAUUCAGUUGUUGAACCUGGCAGAAACUUUGCAGCUUUCAUUUGGAAAAUUUUAUGCAUCAGAGGAAAUAAAAGAGCGAGUCAAGCACACAUAAAGAAGAAUGGAGUAAUUUCUAGACUAGAAGUUUCAUCUGAGGCUGUUUGCUACUCCAUGUAUUUCUGCGGGACACUGUUGGACCAAAAAAAUAUGUCUGGUUGCAGAGGUCCUUGGCUGACCAUCCAGUGCUGUGUCUGUCCUUCUUGCAGUUUUCUCCAGCAUCAGUGAAUAUCCAUGGUCUGAAAGCAAUCUGGGGAGUCUUUCUGGGAGCAUCUUUAUAUAUUUUGAAUGUAUAUUGAUCCUUUUGUCUUGGUUACUGAUAGAAUAUUGUGUCUUUGUUCAUCAGUAUCUAAGACUUCCU